AUGGCAGACGCGAAAGAGCCGGCGGUCGACGCCGAUACACAGGCCGUUCGAAGAUCCCACUCGGAUCUUGCCACAAGUACGCACGGCCCCGAGGCGCGUCCUGAUAAUUGGAUGUAUCGAGGUUUUCGGAUCGGCGGCAAGGAAUUCUGGUAUGCGUCACCAAAGAUCCAGCUUCUCAUGGUGGCUUUCGUCUGCUUCAUGUGCCCUGGAAUGUACAAUGCGCUCCAAGGUCUAGGUGGUGGUGGACAGGUUGAUCCGACUGUACAAGAUCACGCAUCCACCGCUCUUUACUCCGUUUUCGCCGUCGUCGCUUUCUUUUCCGGCUCCAUCGCGAACAAACUCGGUGUAAAGAUUACUUUGACUAUCGGUGGUGUUGGUUACUGCAUUUACUCUUCCAGUUUGUUGUGCUACAGCCAUACCGGCAAUGUUGGCUUCGUCGUCUUCUCCGGUGCUCUUUUGGGUCUUUGCGCCGGUUUGCUCUGGACUGCGCAAGGAACUAUCAUGAUGGCUUAUCCUCCCGAGGAGUCUAAAGGCCGCUACAUUAGUUGGUUUUGGAUCAUCUUCAACCUCGGCGCCGUUAUUGGUAGCUUGAUUCCUCUCGGACAGAACGUCAGCAAUGACACCGGUACCGUCACGGAUGGCACGUAUAUUGGCUUCAUUGUUCUCAUGUUCGUCGGAGCGUGUCUUACCACCCUCUUGGUGAAUGGAGACAAGGUUAUCCGUGAUGAUGGUUCCAAAGUUAUCUUGAUGAAGAACCCCACUUGGCAGAGCGAGUUCAUCGGACUCUGGGAAUGUAUCUCCCUUAGCCCUUGGGUCGUUGCUCUAUUCCCCAUGUUCUUCGCUUCCAACAUCUUCUACACAUACCAGCAGAACGUUCUCAAUCUUGCCUAUUUUGACACUCGUGCGCGCUCACUGAAUAACCUUCUUUACUGGCUCGCCCAGAUUUUUGGCGCCGUUAUUGUCGGAUACGCUCUUGAUAUCAAAUCAAUUCGGCGGUCAAUGCGUGCCAAGAUCUCAUUCGUUGCGCUUUUCUCCCUCACCUUUGUCAUCUGGGGUGGUGGCUGGGCGUGGCAAGAGUACCAGCUUGACCGAGCGGCGUCUGGGAAAGUAGUCGAUGAUCAGAAAAUCGACUGGACGGACAACAACUUUCUUGCACCUAUGUUCCUUUACAUAUUCUACGGCGUGUAUGAUUCCGUAUGGCAAACAAGCAUCUACUGGUACAUGGGCGCUCUCUCAAACUCUGGCCGAAAGACUGCCAACAUGGCUGGAUUUUACAAGGGUCUUCAAUCCGCUGGUGCGGCCAUUUUCUGGCGGUUGGAUGGCAUCCACACAGAAUAUAACACUAUCUUCGCUGCUACCUGGGGUGUAUGUGCCGGAUCUCUCCUAAUUGCCGCCCCAAUCAUCUUCACGAGAAUCAAGGACACUACCGAGCUCGAUGAGGACCUUAAAUUUAGUGACGAGACAGUGGGUGAUGUGGCACCAACCGUAGUUCCCGAAGAGAAGCGCACCGAAGUUUAA